AUGGCCCUCAACGCCGACCCCGUCUCGACCACGACCACGCCCACCACCUCCACCUCCACCUCCACCUCCACCGACCACGCCGCAUCCAAACGGAAGCGCGAAGAGGGUGGUGUUGCAGACGAUGCCUCGUCCACCACGUCGCGCAACAAACAAUGUCAGACAGAUCUGCUGCAGCUCCUCGAGCCCCAUGACACGACCCCCACCUUCCUCCAACACUCCCUCCGACCCACCAGCGCCCAAUCCGAGCCAUCCCCCAAAAAGGCCCGCCUGUCGCAACCACCUCCGUCCAGCGACGCCUCGACCAUUGCCGCCAAGCUGAGGAAUGCGAGCUAUCCCUCCCUCGACCGACUCGUCGAAGAUGCCAAACGUAUCAGCGACGACCUCAUCUCCGCCAUUCGCAGCAAACCUAAGGAUACCUACAAUGGAGGCAGGCCGUCGGUGGAAGAUUUGAAGCUCAUCCACCGCAUACAGCACUUUGAAGCCAUGCUCAAGGAAUUGGUCGUAGCUGAAGGUCCGCAGAUCAAAAAGGAAGAGCAAGAGGAAGAUGCUGCAUCAAUCGCUUCGAGUCGGAAAGUCGGCACAGUUUUGACCUUGUUCGGCCAUGCUCCCACCCCAAAACAGCUCUUCUCUUCCGUCCAGAAUUCUUCCACAGACCGCAAGGACUCGGCCACCAAGAUGGAACUUCCCGUGGAUGAAAUGGGUCUCCCCAAUGGAAUCACUGCCACCAAGAUUGUCCCCGUCAGCGCGAAGGAGGACAAAAAGGGCCCGACAUUUGAGGACACGUUCCCACCUCCUCACUCUCUGGCCACCCUCAAUCCACCCAAGGCGCACAAGAGAUCGACCACCCGAGACACCACCCUCAAGUGGGAAUUCAAGGAUCCCAUCCAGAGGAAUAGCAGAAAGGGCGGAUACACGGUCCAGGCGGUGACGGUCGGCAAAUGGCUGGGCUAUGGGGGUGUCGAUCCUCUAUCGGACUUGACCCGGGAGAAGCGAAAGCAGCGCGAUCGUGCCCUCAGUGGGGGUGAGAAGCUCGACCCUACGCCCACACAGGCGUCCCUCGAUGAUGCCCUGGCAAAGGAGGAAGCUGCCCUCUUCCGGAGAGCAUAUUCCAGUUAUGMCCCGGCGUGCGACAACAGUAAUGCCGUCGUUCCGGAAAGCGAGAAGAACUCGGUCUGGUGGAGCAAGGUCGGACACAAACGCUUCAUCAACACCUUUGCUCUCGAUCCCGCAUUGCUGGACGAGCAACUGCCCACUCCACCGCCGGAAGUCUCACAUGAGGAGCCCGAACUCAACGAYGCAGAACUGGAGAGGGUCAUUGCGAAUCUGGACGACAUCGAGGGCAUGGAGAUGGAAGUCGAGCCUGUCAAGUCCAAAACAGACGUUGACCAUGUACUGCGCCAGAUCUCAGAGCUUUUGGAAACUCUGGCAUCUCAUCAACGCAUCCGUAAUGCAGCCCUGCCAUCCUCGAUUGCUGUAUCACGGGUACCCAUUAGUCCUGGCCCGGCUGCGUCAAAGAUUGGGAAACCCGACGAGCCAUCAGAAGAGGAGAUUGCCACGUAUGAAAGCCUGCAGCGAGAGAUUGCCUACCUGGUGUUGAAGCUCCCUCCCUAUGCGGUCGCCAAGCUGGAUGGAGAUCAACUUGCAGAUCUGGGAGUCAGCACACUCCUCACCUUCCAAUCAAGGGACAUUAGAGGAUCGUUGGAAGAAGAUCUGGUCACUCGUCAAGCAAAGGCCGCAGCAAGCCAGACUGCACAGAGUCUUGCAAGCCUCUCCAGCCGACCCAGCUCAUCUGCUGGUCAACACUACAGCACAGCAUCACAGCGUGCUCCCGCCAUUGGACAAGCCGCCAACACACGAUACGGCCAGCAGUAUGCCGGUCGACCGUCUGUCCCAACUCCCUCCUUCAACCGCUCGACGAGCAGCCAGCAAAGCUACGGCACCCCAGCAAGUGCCGCACCUCGACCCUCAUAUGGUGGUGCAAACACAUAUACCCGCCCCGGAGCAUCGCAGUCCACGUAUGGCCAGACUAACGGUCAGCAAUACUACCAACAACGACCUCUGCAAACCACCGCCAGUUAUGGAAGUCUCUCACAAUUCCAACAACCCUCUCAGACCCCACAACAACGCCCGCCCGCCUUUCCAUCCCAGCAGCAAUAUCCACCCCGUCCUCAGAGUGCUGCCAACUAUCCCGCUAACGGCGCGACCCAGCAGGGUGUCAACCGGACUAAUUCUCCGGCAGGAUACUCCAGUCCCAUGCUCCCUGCACAACAGCAUCUCGCCGCUGCUCAGGCAAGACAGCAGAAUCUAUACCCUGGCCAGCAAGCUCAGUCCACUUCUGGUCGUGGCACUCCUGUCAACAACUAUCCCUCACAGCCCAAUACGCCCGUCAACGGCUUUCAACAGCGAAGCGUCGCACCCCGACCAUCCAGCUCCACACCACAGCCUCCACAAUCUACUGCUCCUGUGAGCAAUGGGACUUUGGACAAUCUUUCCAAUCCAGAUAUACCAGCGACAACAGCGGGCAUGAAUGGCGGUGCGGAGUGGUGCCCUUAUUGCGAAGAGUAUUUGACGGCCAGGGAGAGUUUGGCGACGCAUCGAUGUCAGGAUCUGCGGUGUCGCAAAUGCAACAAACAUUAUGUUUAUCGAGAAGUGUUCAAGAAGCAUGUGGAUGGUUGUGUGGGGUAG